AUAUUGUUGGAGAAUGCAGAAGCAUAGCGCCUGACAAAAACAUCUCUGCAAAUCCGCCCGCACUCCUGUGCGCUUCAAUUUAUUAUAAUAGGAUUUUUUUAGUUUUAAGCACUUACACUUAAGCUUUUGUACCGACUGGUAAUAAAAUAGCCAUGUCCUAAAUUAAAUUACGCUAGUUUCCAUUCUCCUCCUGAAAGACCCAAACAUGGUCCUUCGAACCGGAUAGAAGACACCAGCGACUAAAAUAAUAAUACGGUCAAGAGGAAUGUGGAAUUGUUGGAGAGUUACGUAUCAAUUGGCAUUUGGUGGCACCAUCAUCGAACCAAAGAAGAAACAAAGGAUCGUCUAAAGUGGUCGAGAUUUAAAAUAAUUAUAAGACUUUAGUAGAGAAAAGUGGUAAUCCUGUGCUAAUUGUGUAUAUUAAAUUUAAUCCAGCACUCUACAGGUAUUAUUUCAAGUGUAAUUUAACUCUGUGACAAGGUUGACUACACUCGCUUCCCAAAAUGACUGAAGAAAAAGAGCUAAUCGCCAGGCGGGCCAGCUAUAAAGGCCGACUAACCAUUUUUGAAAAAUAUAUGGAGGGUUUGAAAGUUGCUUCAUUGACAUCAGCUGAGGUAAAUGAAUUGCAGUUGCGUAUGGGCAAAAUUGAAGCGUUGUAUGUCCAUUAUGAUGAGGUUCAAUUAAAACUUGAGUGCAGUUCGAGUGACUCUGACAGUCAGUUAACUGAGCGAGCAGAGUUUGAAAGUAGGUAUUUUAAAUUACUUUCUAAUGCUCAAGAUAUAUUGGCCAAAUACGCCAAAAAGCAAGACUCGACUUUCAACUCGGCCGCAAGCGACCAAUCAUCGCAUAAAGGAAAUAAUAAGCUUGUUCGGUUACCAACUAUUCAAUUGCCAAAAUACAAUGGUUCCUAUGAAAAUUGGUUAGGCUUUCGCGACACCUUUACUAGCCUCAUUCACUCUAACGACGAUAUAGACGACAUAAACAAAUUUCAUUACCUUAGGGCUUCCCUGGAGGCAUCCGCUGCAGUCGUCAUACAGUCGGUAGAAUUCUCGUCUGACAACUAUGCCUUGGCUUGGAAUCUUCUAUGUGAUCGCUUCAAUAACAAGCGCCAAUUGCUGCAGAAUCAUGUAUCGGCCUUGUUCAAUAUUGAACCGAUUGCACGAGAAUCUUCUAGUCAUAUUAAAAGGGUCAUAGAUCAGGUUAACAAAAACCUUCGUUCUUUAGAAACACUAGGCGAACCCGUUAAAGAAUGGUCAACACUUCUCAUUCACAUUAUUUCACAAAAGUUAGACACAAAAUCAUUUCGUGAGUGGGAGGAGUUCAAGGGUGGUUUAGACAAAAACAAAACUGCUACUUUCGAGGAGUUCCUAACUUUCCUACAAAGCCGUGCUGAUUUACUCGAAAUACUAGAAUUAUCAUCGAAUCAGUCACUUCAACACACUAAAAGUGCAACUAAAAUUAAAACUAUGAUAGCAGUGCAGGACAAAAUAGGUAAUAAUAGCAAUAAAACUCAGCCGCCGGCGACUAAGCCGUGCCCGAAAUGUAAGGGCGAUCAUUGCUUAUCAAACUGUGCACAAUUUCUUGCGUUAAGUAAUACGGUUCGAUUGCAACUAUUACCUAAUUAUAAGGUUUGUUUUAACUGUUUUAGAGGUGGUCAUUAUGCCAAUCACUGUAAAAAACCUGGUUGCAAGAUAUGCAAACGAAAACACCAUACGUUAAUUCACGUAUCUGAGAGCAUACCUAGAUCGACAUUAAAUAGUGAUAAUUGCACGGGCGUUAUCAGUGGUGUCGACCAGAGGACUGCGCCCGCGCUCCCGCUCCCCGCCAGUGCCGUGCCGGCUCAGGUUGCAUUGUCAGCAAAUGUCUCGCCGAGUACUUCGUCUUCAUACUGACAUAGGGCACAAGACGUACUGUUAUCAACUGCACUUAUAAAAAUAUACGAUUCGAAUAAACAGGAGCACAUCGCUCGCUGUGUUUUAGAUAAUGGCAGUAUGUCUUGUCUCAUGUCUCAAAAAAUGUAUAAUAGGCUAAACCUGGCAACCGAUUUUGUAAAUAAAAGUCUUAUAGGUGUAAACAAAAAGUCGUCGCCUAUAACUGAAAUGUGUCGAGUCGAAAUUAAAUCGCUCAAUGAGAGGUUCGCAAGUGAUUUGCACUGUUAUAUUUUGCCUUCAAUUACGGACGUUAUUCCCUCUCAUCGAAUCGACGUGUCAAAAUUAAAUAUUCCAUCUAACAUAUGCCUAGCGGACCCGUAUUUUUACAAGCCGUCUAAUGUAGAUAUGAUAAUUGGGGCCGAACUAUUCUGGGAUUUGUUAGGAUAUCAAAAAAUUAAACUGGGUCACGGUUUGCCGAUCCUUUGGGAAACUCAACUUGGAUGGUUGGUUUCCGGUCCUAUUUAUAGACGCAACGAAUCGACAAUGCCGUCAUCAUCAUCAUCCAUUAAAUGUAAUUUCGUAACAGUUAAUUCAGGCAACGCUCUCUCCACCGUUGAUGACGACCUUCAAAACCAAUUAGCGCGUUUUUGGCAACUGGAGGAAGUUAGCCAUCAGUCGUCUCAAUAUUCUCACGAAGAGAAAUUAUGUGAGGAGCAUUUUCAAGCUAACACUGUUCGUUUGAAGGACGGAAGUUUUUGUGUUAGGUUGCCUUUAAAGCAGAGUCCUAAAUUGUUAGGCGAAUCAUUUCAAAGAGCCAAACAUUGCUUCUUAUCGUUGGAGCGUAGGUGGAAAAAUAGACCAUCAUUCAGGAAGCUAUACAUCGAGUUUAUGUCGGAGUAUCACGCUUUAGGUCACAUGUCCGAGUACGUACCUACCGAUUCGGGUACAGGUACCUACUUUAUACCCCACCACGGAAUUUUACGGGACAGUACCACUACCAAAUUAAGGACUGUCUUUAAUGCUAGUAGUCCCACUACUUCCGGUGUUUCGCUAAACGAUUUGCAAAUGAUUGGACCAACUGUCCAAGAUGAUCUGCUGUCAAUACUCAUACGUUUUCGGCAGCAUAAAUACGUAAUAUCUGCUGACAUUGAAAAAAUGUACAGGACCGUAUUUCUUCAUCCUGAUGAUCGCAAGCUACAGCUGAUCCUAUGGCGUGAAAAUGAGUCUGACGCCUUAAAGACUUAUCAGCUAAAUACCGUAAGUUAUGGGACGGCUAGCGCAGCAUUUUUAGCAUGUCGAUGUCUUAAACAAAUAGGUUUAGAUUGUCAAGAUAAACCGUUAUCUGAAAUAAUAAUUCACGAUUUUUAUGUCGAUGAUUUACUGACCGGGGGAGAUGAUUUUGACGAGGUUAUUAGA